GUGGCGCCCGCGCAGGCGACUUGCAGACCAGUGGCGGCGCUCGAGACAUGAGCCCGCUCGGCCGUGGCCGGGACUCGAACCUGAGCCAGUCCUAGCCGACGCAACCACCAAGCGAGGAGCUUGCUACCCAUGUCUCAACCGUGAUGGGACCAAAUGUAAACAUAAUUGAAGCAGUAUAUUUGUUCGGGCCGCAAUGGCUACAGAGAUGCGAGCGCGUUGUUAUCGAUAUUUCCUUUUCCUAUUGCUUUGUGUAAUCGCCGAGGGAAAUGUCGAAAAUGACCAGGCCGACAUCUUCGACGCGCUGGCCGCCGCGCUGGCGGAGCCCCCUGCAGGCGUGGCGCGCGCCCCGGGCCGCUGCCAGCCGCGCCCGCGCCCGGGGCAGCCCCUGACGGCGCUCACCCUCAAUGAGAACACCACCAUCACGCAGCUGGCCGCCGGCAUGUUCUACAACACCUUCCCGGAAGACUUCUCCGUCAUGACCGUUGUGAGGCUGGCAGACACGGGGCAGAGUCCACUAUUCGUACUCUACUCGGACGCCGGCGACGAGCAGCUGAUGGUGUCCCUCGGAGACAUCUUGGAGCUUUACUACGAGGACACGCGAGGAGAGCCUGAGGACCACGAGCUCGUCACCUUCAGGGCCAAUGUGGCUGACGGCAGAUGGCACCGAAUAGCGCUAAGCAUCAAGGGGGACUCGGUGUCUCUGGUGCUGGACUGCCGCUCGGUGGGCGCCCAGCCGCUGCGGCGCCGCCCCGGGAGCGCUUUCAACCUGGCCGGGGCGCUGGCCGUCGGCGCGCAGGUCUCGCCUGAUCAGUACUUCGAGGGUGAUAUAGAGCUGCUGCAGUUCUCCAACAAGCCUGACACGGCGUAUGAGAUGUGCACGAGGAUCGCCCCGGACUGCCCGGGCCACGGCAGGGGCGGCCCCGGGAGUCCCCGGGCGAACCACCGCCAGGCCCACCGACCCGCACCGCCAGAUGUCACCACACCCACACCGCACUUCUAUCAAGAAACCCAGGAGCCGUCCCACAACUUGGGAACUAAUGGAAUGAGGAGUCAAAAUGUGGAGACGGAAGAUAGGAGAGGGAGUCCAAAUGUAGAGACAGAAGACCGGAGAGAAGUGUACGGAGUGAACAGGUUCUUCGAUGAGAGCAGGAAUGGUUCUGAGGGGCAGUGGGGGGCCGCGGGGGUCGAGCUGACCACGGCUGGCCCCGACUGGCGCAUCGCACAUAACGCGUUUGGCUUCGCGGCGCAGUAUCCUACGUCGACUGAUCUUGACGAAAAUAGCAUCUUCGGUGUAUUUACGGACGAAACUGGAGACGACUCGACUGAAAUAAGUGACAUAAUAGACAUCACACCUCCGCCCCGGCCCGAGGAAGGAAAUACGCAGAGGCCUAAACGCGGCGAUGGCGAUGAGAUGGAAAUUGCAACCGUUGUCACGACGGAGUCUUCGUACCCGCUCUCCACGACAGAGGACGCCACUGAUUGGCUCACCCAUCCGGCCGCUGGCGAGGGAAAUUGGUCAUCAUACGACUAUGAUUACGAACGAUCGGGUACUUAUUACGGUCCCCCGGGAUACCCGGGCCCGCCCGGCCCGCCCGGCCCCCGCGGCCCGAAGGGGGACCCCGGCAAGCCCGGCGCCGAGGGACUACAGGGGUUCCAGGGACCGCCUGGACACGUAUUCGUCUUACCACUUCACCAAUCUGGAAACGAAAAAGGUCCCGACGCUCAGUCCGAGGCGCUUCGGCAAAUGUUGACGCAACACAUGGCAGCGAUGCGCGGCGCAGAAGGGCCUAUGGGCUUGAGCGGGCCGCCGGGUUCUGAAGGAGAAAUAGGUCCUGAGGGACCAAAAGGCGAACAGGGAGAUACUGGAGAACCGGGUCCCAUGGGUCCGCGGGGCGUGCAAGGUCCGCCGGGGCGGCUGGGGCGGCGCGGCCACGCGGGGCACGACGGCGAGCGCGGGGCGCCCGGCGCCACCGGGGUGAAGGGCGAGCCGGGCCACCCGGGGCUGCCAGGCAUGCCCGGGGACAAGGGCGAGAGAGGGGCCACAGGACAGCAGGGCGAGCCCGGCCCACCGGGACAAGAUGGACCGCCAGGGGAUGACGGGAGCACGGGACCACCAGGGUUGCCGGGGGAAUUGGGUCCACGAGGUUUCAUGGGGCCCAGAGGAUUCCCUGGCCUGAUAGGAUAUCCAGGCACACCGGGAAAUGAAGGACCGCAAGGGGCGAAGGGAGCGCCGGGUCAGCCCGGGCCGCCCGGGUUGCCGGGGCAAUCUGGACAGACUGGACCCAUGGGGUCACCUGGACCACAGGGGCCUAUUGGGGCACCAGGAAUACAGGGCAUGCAAGGGAAGCAAGGUAUAUCCGGUCUCCCGGGACCAGAGGGAGCCCCCGGGUCACCUGGUAAUCCAGGACAACAAGGAUCGCCAGGGGAACUAGGUCCGCAAGGACCACAGGGUAUGCUUGGGUUUCCCGGACCAAGAGGACAUAAAGGGGAUGAUGGACCUCGCGGUCUAACUGGUGACAAAGGAGAUAAGGGAACGAGAGGCCUUGACGGAGAGAAAGGAGAAAUGGGCUCUAAAGGUGAUCGGGGCCUCCAAGGAGAGGCCGGACCGCAUGGUCCUGAAGGGCCUGAAGGCCAAAAGGGUUCAGAAGGACCGCGAGGAGAAACUGGGCCGAUUGGACCUUCAGGAGAAAAGGGAGCCACCGGACUACAGGGCCAGCCCGGCUACCCCGGCUCACAAGGCGAAAAGGGAGACAAAGGGGGGUCCGGCAGGAGGGGAAGGAGGGGGGCUAAAGGUGUUAUGGGUUUAGUUGGUACUCCUGGUGAUAGAGGCGAACCUGGACCAAGAGGAUACCGAGGUCCAAGAGGCCGCCGAGGGCCAGAUGGACCGCCUGGUCCUAAAGGGGACACCGGGCAGCCCGGACCACCAGGUUCGACUGGAGAGCGAGGACCUCAAGGAAUGGAAGGUGUCAGAGGAUUCCCAGGCCAAAUUGGACCACCUGGUGCUGAUGGGAAAGCUGGUCCACCAGGGCCGGCUGGAGAGCGCGGACCAACGGGUGAAGCAGGAAUAACGGGUCUUGUUGGGCCAGUAGGACCAACGGGCCCACAAGGACCUGUAGGGGAGCCAGGAGCACCCGGCCCGCUAGGUGCACCCGGUUUGCCAGGAACUCCGGGAGAUGUGGGUGCACCCGGGGAAGCGGGGAAGGAAGGGGUGCCUGGGCCUCCGGGUCCGGAAGGGAAACCGGGGCCGGUCGGCUCUCCGGGACCAGCUGGCAACCGCGGCGAGACUGGACUGCCCGGUGCACCGGGAACGCCAGGACCAAAAGGUGAACUUGGACCACCUGGCCCCGCCGGGCUCAGAGGAGACAAGGGCGAGCCAGGGGAUACCGGGCCAGAGGGACCCACUGGGCCGCAGGGGCGGGAGGGGCCGAGAGGAUCGCCCGGACCUGGGGGACAGAAGGGGGAAGUUGGAGAACAGGGUUUAAUAGGUCCAAUGGGGCGUGAUGGGCUGCCUGGCCCAAGAGGCCUGCCGGGGGCGCCGGGGCCGGUGGGGCCGCCCGGUGAAGAUGGCGACAAGGGUGAGCCCGGAGCACCAGGGGAAAAGGGCUUCAAGGGCGCCGCAGGCGAACAAGGACCACAAGGAUCUCCAGGCAUCCAAGGCGUCAGAGGAGAGCCAGGAAAUGUAGGGCUACCUGGAGAAAAGGGUCCGCCUGGGGAACCUGGGCCCGUUGGGUCUCCCGGUGCAGACGGACCGCGAGGUCUCACCGGACCAGCUGGGCAGACCGGGCCCGCGGGGCCGCAGGGACUGCCGGGGAGCAAGGGGGACACGGGUGACCCAGGAGCGAUAGGUCCGGCGGGACCGGCUGGGUUGAGUGGUCCGCCCGGUCGUAGGGGUCCAAAAGGAAUGCCUGGAGAGGUCGGACCGAGAGGAGCAGAAGGUCAACGAGGUGACAUUGGGGCACCCGGGUCACCGGGUGUGCCUGGGCCACAGGGCCCGGAGGGCAAAUUAGGGCCUAGAGGUUCUGCUGGACCAAAGGGCGAAGACGGGCCAUCUGGACAGCCCGGCGAACCAGGACAGAAAGGGCCACCAGGACCGGAAGGUCCAAAGGGAGAUAAUGGUCCAGCAGGGUUCCCUGGCGACAGAGGAGAGCCGGGACCUCAAGGCCUAAAAGGAGAACCAGGGGCAGAUGGGCCAGAGGGACUGACCGGGCCUCCAGGGCCGGCUGGGGCUACUGGCCCUAUUGGGAAGCCUGGUGAAAUAGGGUUGCCUGGUAUUCCGGGUUCAGAAGGUCCGGCUGGCACGCAAGGCAGCCCUGGAUUGCCUGGUGAUAAGGGUGACCAGGGAGUCCAGGGCCCUCCCGGUGAGCCGGGACCGGCGGGGGUGGCCGGGCCGCAGGGGGUGGAGGGCCAACAGGGCGUCAGGGGCGCUCCAGGACCUAUUGGAGAAGCUGGAUCACCAGGCGGAGUAGGCCCGGAGGGACCACCAGGAAAAGUUGGUCCAGCUGGCUCACCUGGGCCAAGAGGAGAUAAGGGUAGCCGAGGACCUAAAGGCCACGUUGGAGAUACUGGCCCCAUGGGAAUCAAGGGCGAUCAGGGUGAAAUUGGAAAACAGGGAACGCCUGGACCUGCCGGACCUAUUGGAGUUAAGGGAGACACGGGACCAAUCGGACCACCUGGUGCGAAGGGUGACACAGGACCAGCAGGGGAGCCUGGGCCAGAAGGUCCACUAGGUCCUAAAGGAGUGCCGGGUCCAGAGGGCCGCACGGGAGAGCCAGGGCCGCCCGGGUCACCCGGACCCCCGGGCCCGCCGGCGCCAGUCCCGCAACUACCUGCAGAACUGUUCGCGUCCUACUCGAGUCGACGCCGCCGCAGUCUCGAAAGAUUUGACACCCCUGAAGUAGAAACAGAUGGGCCGGUUGAAGAUGAUGAAGAUGAAGAAGUGGACUGGGCGCGCGAGAUCCUGUCCGAGGUGGUGGCGGCCCGGAGCGUCCUGGAGGCGGUGAAGCGGCCGCGCGGCUCCCAGCAGAACCCCGCUCUCUCCUGCCGGGACCUUCGCACCACCCACCCGGAUUUAGCUGAUGGCUGGUACUGGGUGGACGCUCGCGGCGGCGGCGCCAUCGGCUACCCCAUCCGGGCGUGGUGCGAGGGCCACAGCACCUGCGUCCCCGCCGACCCGCGCCAGCCCGACGCCACCUACACCACCACAGGGAAACCGAAACGCUUCUCGCAAAUUAAAAAUGGAUAUAAAUUGUCGUACGAUGCGGAGGGGGCAGCCAUUCAGCUUCGUUUCUUGAGACUUCUCUCGACUGGAGCUCGACAGAACUUCACAUACAACUGCUUAUCCAUGAAGGACGAGAGUGUCAAAAAUCCGCAUCAACUAAAACUGAUCGGCCAAAACAACGUGGAUUUUAAGGAACCUACUAUCAUUAAAGAUGACUGCAAGAAUGGAGCUGGGGAAAUCGUGCUGUCAGUGAAAACUUCAAGAGUGGAGAGGCUGCCAAUAACAGAUUUUCAGCCUCUAUACUUCAGUAAUGAAGAACACGACUUUGCCUUCAGUGCCGGCCAUAUUUGCUUUUCGUAGCCUCCGGCCCAACUAGGAAACUCUACUAGAAGGAAUAAUGUUUUAUUUGUACAUAUGCUAUGACGACCUUUGUAAAUAUUGUAAAUAAAGAUGUUGCGACCUAAA